AUGACGCGACCCCAACCCCCGACCAAACCAAAGCAGCCUAUCGAUGGCGCACCACCAAAAGUCAGGAGGGUCGGAAGGAUGACGGCGCCCACCAACAGAAGAGGGCCUAGGAAGAUGAAGACGAUGCGUCGCGACAGUCCGGUAGACACGCAGCCCGACAUUCCAGUGGACACGCGGUCCGAGAGUCCAAUCGACACGUUGAAGACUCCAGAGGAAAGAUUCAGAGAAAGAUACAGGAGGGAGAGAGAUGAGGAGAGAGAUGAAGCCAUAAAGAAGGCAUCGUUGAGAGAUAAGGCCAUCUUGAAGGCAUGGGAUGAGAGGGUUAACAGGACGUCAUCAAAGAUCCCAGCCAAGAAGAGGGCUAGAGAUGACGACGAGGUAGAGAUUGUGGAACCCGCCCCCAAGAGGGCUGGCACAAGAAAGGAGAGGGUCGCGGAUGAGGAUGAUGAGGUCGUGAUUGUAGAACCCCCCGCCAGAGAUGACAAGGAGGAGCAGGAAAGGCGUCAAAGGAACAGGCAGGAAAGACGGUUGAGAUUGUUAAAAGCUGGACUUUUGAAGUAUCUUACCCAUCUACACUUUAAUAUUACUACGAAUCGAUUCAGAAACAUACAAAACAUUAACAACAAAAAGAUCCUGAACAUCUGGUUAAAAUCGAGUGAGAUAAUGCUUCAGCCAGACCCAGAUGUGCGAGUGCGGAGUUUCGACGUUGCAUCUCAGCUUUUGGGUCAGUAUAUUUGGCUGUGUCGUGAACAUUACCAUAUUUCCGCUGCAAAAUCUUUUGAAUGCCAAGAGCUGCUCGCUUCGACAUAUCAGGGGGAGGAUGAGAUCUAUCGCGAUUGGAUUGGCCUGUUUAUACGCUGGAACAUUGUGAAACACUGCACUAUGUUUACCAAAACGAGUGUCACCAAUUACUUCAAGCCCAAGACCAGCUCGUUUGUGAUUAUAAAUGCUCCAUCAUGUAGAUUGAUGUUGUUGCGCGAGGCAGCGGAUUUUAACGUCAUCCGAGUUUGUCGGAAAGCAAGUAGUAUAAGCCAAUAUCAUCCAGACCUGUUGGAUGACCUAGAGAGGAAACACGAAAACUAUAUCCUUCACAGAAAGCUUCAGGAGAUGAUAAGCGUCUUGAAGGUUGAUUAUGUGGGGGGAGUUGGACAGAUGAGCCCGCUAUCACACCCAACUAGGGCGACAACUCGAAAGCCCACGCGAAAAGCAACGGGAAAGAGAUGGAGUGUGGGAUAUGCAUAA